GAGCCAUAGUGAUUGAUCAGAUAACAAAUUACUGCAAAAGCCCUGUAUUCAAUAAGAAAUUGAUCUUUACUUAAGUACUUAUAUUUUGUAUUACAUGUUCAUAUAGUAAGAAUAAUAUUUUGUGAUACCAGAAAAAAAAUAACUUUUGCAUCAAUUUCCAAACAGCAUUAUAUAAUCCAUGACAUCUCAAGAGAGCAUAGCGAUUAUCGCUACACAUUCAAAUUCAGAGGUACAAUCAGAAGAUGAUAAAAAAUUAAAGCAGGUUACGUCUAAUGAGACCACUACCCAUAUGGGGAGAGCUGGAACAGAUUUAUCCGAUGACGAACAACAGCCAUUGCAGGAGAAGAAAGAUCUUGCUGAUAAAUUAGGAGAUGCCCAUCUCAAUAUAUUGCCUACCAGGAAGCUUGUUAUAUGUUUGGGAGCUUUGUCUUUAGGAUUAUUCACUGCAUUUGCUGACCAAACUAGUAUAGUUAUUGCUUUAGCUGAUAUAAGUCGAGAUUUAAAUGCAGAAACAACUAUAAAUUGGGCAGGAACUGCUUCAUUAUUAGCAAAUUGUGUAUGUCAAGUGUUAUUUGGAAGAUUGGCAGAUAUUUUCGGACGAAAGAAUAUAUUGUUAUUUUCACUUGCAGUGUUAGCCGUUGCUGAUUUAGCAUGUGGAUUUGCUCAAACUGGUGUUCAAUUCUAUAUUUUCAGAGCAUUUGCUGGAAUUGGUCAAGGAGGAAUACAAUCAUUGACUAUGGUAAUGUUGAGUGAUAUUUGUACCUUGAAGCAAAGAGGAAAAUAUCAAGGAAUCUUAGGAGCACAAGUUGGAUUAGGUAAUGCUAUGGGACCCUUUAUAAUGGCAGGUUUUAUUGAACAUAAUAGUUGGAGAAAUUUCUAUCAUAUGAUGCCUCCCUUAAUUGUUUUAGUUAUGGGUGCAGUAUGGUAUUUGAUAGAUUCCAAGAGAAAUGCUAAGCAAUUAAAUGAUGUCUUAUCUAGAAGAGAAAAAUUUAAGAAGAUUGACUAUUUAGGUAUGUUUUUCAGUACUGCUGGUUUAACCCUUCUUUUAAUUCCUAUUAGUGGUGGAGGUUCAACUUAUGCUUGGGAUUCUGCCUUAGUUAUUGCAAUGUUUGUUGUUGGUGCAUUAUGUUUUAUUAGUUUCUUAUUAGUUGAAUGGAAAAUUCCUAAAUUACCAAUGAUUCCAUUAUCAUUAUUUACUAGAUUAUCAUUAUCACUUAUAUUAGGUUCAAAUUUCUUUUAUGGAAUGGCUUAUUAUGCUUUCACAUAUUACUUACCAUACUAUUUCCAAAUCGUAAGAGGUUUAGAUACAAUUCAUUCAUCUAUAUUGUUAUUACCUUUAGUUUUAACUCAAUCUAUAACAUCUAUCAUGGCUGGACAAUUGAUGAGUUUUACUGGUCAUUAUAAAUAUAUUAUUAUGGCUGGUUAUGGAAUUUGGACCAUAAGUUGUGGAUUAUGUUUAUUAUUUAAUUUAGGUACUAAUUGGGGAGUUAUUUGUAUUGUCUUAAUUCUUAUGGGAAUUGGGGUGGGUUGGACUUUCCAACCAACUAUGGUGGCAGCUCAAAGUCAAGCUAAGAAAGCUGAAAGAGCCGUAGUAAUUAGUGCUAGAAAUGUUUUAAGAUCUUUUGGAGGUUCUAUAGGAAUUGCAAUUGCUUCAUUAAUUGUUUCUAAUUCUUUAUUAAAGGAAAUUAAUCAACAACAGAAGCUCGAUACUAUUCCAAUAAGUUAUUUAACUUAUUUAAAAACUCAUAUUUAUACUAAAAUUGAUAUUAGUGGAUUAGAUGCUACCCAAAUUAAAAUCAUUAGAGCCAUGUAUAUGAAAUCCAUAAAGGAUUUCUUCUAUUUAUGUAUUCCUUUAAUUGGGUUAUGUUUCAUAAGUUCCUUAUUUGUUAAAGAUCAUGGUUUACAUUGUAUAGAUGAGCUUCCUGAUGAAAAGAAGGAAUCAGAAAAGGCUUCAAAAGUAUAGUUUAUCUUUAGUUUAUAGAGUUAUUUAUUAAUCAAUUAAUUAGUCAUUAUUAUUAUUAUUAUUAUUAAAAUGAAUUGUGUACAUUCUAAAUAUGUAUAUGUAUUUAGAACUAUAUGCAUUUCUUAUAUUC